GAGCGAGGGGAGGGGCCGGAAGCAUCUCUGCGCCGCCCGGUUGCUAAGCGACAGGGCUUCUACAAGCCGCACCGAGGUUCUCCGGCUUCUCUUCCUCCCUUUUUCUACUUCAGCGUCACCGAAUCCAGCCACCAUGUCGGACCCAGAAGCCGACAGCUUGCGAAGCACCUUUCCCUCGUACAUGGCGGAGGGCGAGCGGCUGUAUCUGUGCGGAGAGUUCUCUAAAGCCGCCCACAGCUUCAGUAACGCUCUUCACCUUCAGAAUGCAGAUAAGAACUGCCUGGUUGCCCGAUCCAAGUGCUUCCUGAAGAUGGGAGAGCUGGAGCAAUCCUUGAAGGAUGCUGAGGCUUCACUUCAGGGUGACCCGACUUUCUGCAAGGGGAUUUUACAAAAGGCUGAGACCCUGUACACCAUGGGAGACUUUGAGUUUGCCCUGGUGUUCUAUCAUCGAGGCUACAAGCUGCGGCCUGACCGAGAAUUCAAAGUUGGAAUUCAGAAAGCCCAGAAAGCCAUCAACAACUCAGUAGGAAGUCCUUCUUCAAUUAAACUAGAGAACAAAGGGAACCUUUCCUUCUUAAGCAAGCAGGCUGAGAGUAUGAAAGCCCAGCAGAAGCCUCAUCCCAUGAGACAACUCUUACAUCACCCCAAGAGAGAGUCCAAGAGGAAGGGCUCGCUCAAGAGUGAGAAGAUUGUCCGCCAGCUCCUGGGCGAGCUCUACGUGGACAAGGAGUAUCUGGAGAAGCUCCUAUUGGAUGAAGACCUGAUCAAAGGCACCAUUAAGCAUGGCCUGACCGUGGAGGACCUCAUCAUGACAGGCAUCAACUACCUGGAUACCCGCAGUAACUUCUGGAGACAGCAGAAGCCCAUCUAUGCCAGCGAGCGGGACCGGAAGCUGAUGCAAGAGAAGUGGCUGCGGGACCGCAAGCGCCGUCCCUCACAGACAGCCCACUACAUCCUCAAGAGCCUCGAGGACAUUGAUAUGUUGCUGACCAGUGGCAGUGCUGAAGGGAGCCUUCAGAAAGCUGAGAAAGUGCUGAAGAAAGUGCUGGAAUGGAAUAAAGAGGAGGUGCCCAACAAGGACGAGCUGGUUGGAAACUUGUACAGCUGCAUAGGGAAUGCCCAGAUUGAGCUGGGGCAGAUGGUCGCAGCCCUACAGAGCCACAGAAAGGACUUGGAAAUCGCCAAGGAAUAUGACCUUCCUGAUGCUAAGUCAAGAGCCCUUGACAACAUUGGCAGGGUUUUUGCCAGAGUUGGGAAAUUCCAGCAAGCCAUUGACACGUGGGAGGAGAAGAUCCCUCUGGCAAAAACCACCCUGGAGAAGACCUGGUUGUUCCAUGAGAUCGGCCGCUGCUACUUGGAGCUGGACCAGGCCUGGCAGGCCCAGCAUUAUGGUGAGAAGUCCCAGCAGUGUGCUGAGGAAGAAGGGGACAUCGAGUGGCAGCUGAACGCCAGCGUUCUGGUGGCACAGGCACAAGUCAAGCUGAGAGACUUCGAGUCCGCGGUGAGCAACUUUGAGAAGGCCCUGGAGAGAGCGAAGCUGGUCCAUAACAACGAGGCACAGCAGGCCAUCAUCAGCGCCUUGGACGAUGCCAACAAGGGCAUCAUUGAAGAGCUGAAGAAAACUGACUACAGGGAGAUGCUGAGAGAAAGGAGAGAGAGAGAAGAGGCCACUGAAUUAGAAAGUCUGAGAGUGGCAGCAAAGGAGAAGGAAAGCGUGAAAAGAGGGAGAGACGAGCUGGAGAAGGUGGUGAAGCACUGGGAGCGAGAGCCAGCUGAGAGUGAGAAAGAGACAGAAGAUGAACUGUCUCAGGAGACUCUGAAGGUCGCAGUGAGUGAACAAGAAGGAAAACAGGCAGAGAGAAGCACAGGAAGCCAGCUCUUUCAGAACAGGGCCAGGAGCCACCAGGCAAGACUCAGGAGACGUUGCCAAGAUAGUGUCCAGAGACCUGGGUGAAGGAGGAGCGGGAGAGGCAGACAGGAAGCCGUUAGAAGUGACCAGGAUGGAAUCAAGAGAAAUUUACAGGAGGCCUUCAGAGCUGGACCAGAAACCCUCAGGAGAAUUAAGCAGAAGGGAAUCAGAAGAACUGGAGAGGAGGGUUUCAGAAGCCAGCAAAAAAGAGUCAGAAGAAGCAGAGAAAAUAGAACUGGGAGAAACAGCGGAAGUGACAAUGGCAGAAAAUGGUGAAGAUAUGGAAAAAGAAAGAUGAAGCAGCAGGCCUCAGGACCAGGGACCUCGGGGGGCUUAUUUGACUGGGCUUUCCAGCUAAGAUUUGCCUUUAAUUGGAGAACAUGUGGACUGGGCUCUGCAGGUCACCUUGGCCUCUUUCUGUUAGUUUUCCCUUUAAAUAGAUACCUUUCACUCUUACAAA